AUGAAGAGUGGCUAUGAACCAAGCAUUUACCUGGUGACAGUCACAUCCCAGGCGGUGGGUGGCAACACAGAGACUCUCUGUGUGCAUAUCCAUGAGCCCAAAGAGACACUUUCUAUAGUGGUGACUUUGAGGACUAACAAUCUCGAUCUGACCAUUCUACAACAGGGCUUCAUUAAAAAUGAUUUCUACAAAUGUGUUCCUUUUAAGGUCCCUGUAGUCACUGUAGAGUCUGUGGCAUCCGUCAAUGUUGCAAUCCAAGGGGCCGAAACAUCCCUGAAGAAAACCACUCAGAUCCUCAUAAAACCCCCCCAAAAUCUUCUUUUCAUCCAAUCAGACAAGCCUAUCUAUAAGCCUGGACAAACAAUUAAAUUUCGCAUUGUGUCUCUGGAUUCCGGUCUCUUGCCUCACAAUCAAGUGUUUCGAACUGUAGAACUCCAGGACCCUUAUUCAAAUCGCAUUGGUCAGUGGUUGAAUCAGGCCACAAGGAUUGGCAUUUUGGAUCUGUCCCACUCCAUGUCUCCAGAAGCUGCUCAGGGUUUCUACACGAUCACUGCUUGGGAUGAUAAGAACCAACAAAUAUCACACACCUUUGAAAUCAAAGAAUAUGUUCUGCCAAAAUAUGAAGUGAACAUCGAUUUUCCAUCUGUUAUAACGUCCCAGGACAAUAAGGUCACUCUGAAAGUUUGUGCAAAAUACACUUAUGGCAAGCCUGUGCUGGGGUCUGUGAAUGCUGAAGUGUGUGGGCACAGCUAUGAUAACUAUGCGAGGAGACCUGCUCCUGACUUGUUAAAAAUAUGCAAGAAAUAUUCAAUGAUGACUGACAAGACUGGCUGUGGGUCUCAGGUGAUAGAUGUGACAGAAUUUGGCAUUAGUUUCAGUGGGUAUUUUACAGUGAAUUGUGUUGUGGAAGAGACUGGAACAGGGAUAACUACGCAGGUUUCUACCUCAGCUACGUUUACCGGGCGUUAUGUCUAUGUUAACUUUGAGGACACACCAGAUUCAUACAGGCCUGGCAUGCUCUUUAAGGGAAAGUGUGUGGUCACUAAUUCACUUUCCAAACCAAUGAAAAAUGAGCUAGUGGUCGUAUAUGCAAAUUAUGGUGAUAAAAGUGACAAUGUGGCCCUGAUGACAGACAUCAAUGGUACUGCCCACUUCUCCUUCAACACUCUGGAUUGGUCAGACAAACCUGUGCAAUUACAGGUCCAUUAUAAAGGAGAACAGACUGAUUCUCAGGAUUACCCAUCAAGCUAUAUCUACGUAAGACCCUUUCACUCCAAAAGCAAAAGCUUCCUGAUGUUGACGAAGGCUCCAGGGAAGCUCAGCUGUAACAGUGAUGCAACAGUGACGGCUAGUUACAUCAUUCAGGGCAAUGCACUGAAAACAGGCCAGAAAACCUUGGAUUUCUUCUACAUUGUCUUGUCCAGAGGCAGCAUGGCUCAAAAUGGUCGUCUGUCUGUGAGUGUGAACGCUGCGAAAGAAAACAAAGGAGAGCUGACAUUCACAUUGAAGAAGAUGGCAUCUCUGACUCCACACGCUCAGGUGGUGGUUUACACAGUUCUUCCCAACGGAGAAGCUGUAGCAGACAGUAUGAAUUUCCCCAUUGAAGAAUGUUUGCCAAACAAGAUGUCCUUAAAGUUCUCGUCUCCCACCGCACUACCUGGAGAGAGGACAUCUCUUUACCUGAAAGCCAGCCCUGGCUCCUUGUGCUCCGUGCGGGCCAUUGAUCAGAGUGUGCUGCUGUUGAGACCAGAGGCCGAGCUGGAUGCAGCCUCUGUCCUUGGAAUGUUACCAGUGCAGAUUUUGUCUGGUUACCCACACAAUGUUGAGGAGUGGGAGCCUAACCCCUGCCCAUAUCCCGGGGGGAUAAUCCCGUUUGCUGAACGUGCAAGGAGCAAACGCUCCCGCUUCUAUUACCCUCACUACGUCAACACCAAUGACGUCUACAAAAUCUUCAAAGGCGUUGGAAUCAAAAUCGCUACCAACUCUGAUGUGAAAGCACCUGUUGUUUGUGAUCAUUAUGAGACAAUGUUGAUGAAGGAACGUGGUGUGGAUUUGGUCGGGCCAGAGACGGGGCUUGGUCCAAAUGGGGAAAAACGUACUCAGAAGAUACGCAAAUUCUUUCCAGAAACCUGGAUAUGGGAUCUUAUACCUGUGGGGAUAUCAGGAUAUGUGGACGUUGCAAAGACGGUCCCGGACACUAUCACUAAAUGGGCAGCAGGGGCUUUCUGCACAUCCCAUGUCGGGUUUGGAGUGGCCCCCAAGACUGAUCUCACUGCUUUCAAGCCCUUCUUUGUGAGCCUCACCCUCCCUUACUCUGUUAUUCGUGGGGAGACGUUCACUCUCAAAGCUACUGUGUUCAACUACCUCCCCAAAUGUAUCAUGGUGAAGGUCACGCUGGCAGACUCACCACAGUUCACCGCUCAGCCAUGCAGAGGCUGCACUUACACUCAGUGUGUUUGUUCUGAAGAGAGCAAAACCUUCCAGUGGACUGUCGCACCCUCUGAACUGGGAAAGGUGAAUAUUAUAGUGCACGCUGGGGCGGUGCAGAGCCGAGAACUGUGUGGCAAUGAAGUGGUGACAUGGCCAGACAAAGGCAGAACUGAUACUGUGAUGCAGAGCGUUCUGGUGGAGGCGGAGGGAACCAAACAGUCAGUCACUCAGAAUGAACUCAUCUGCUUAACAGACCGUCCACAUGAGACAUCCGUCUCUCUCACUCUGCCCAAAGUCUUUGUCAAGGGUUCUGCCAAAAGCUUUGUCACUGUUCUAGGUGAUCUGAUGGGUCGUGCUCUGAAGAACAUCGGUGAUCUGUUGGCUAUGCCGUAUGGCUGUGGAGAGCAGAACAUGCUGCGUUUUGCCCCCAAUAUCUACAUCCUUCAGUACCUGGAGAGCAGCGGGCAGCUCACUCCUGAGAUUAAAAACCAAGCCAUAACCUUCCUGGAGAGCGGCUACCAGAGACAGCUGACAUACAAGCAUGAUGAUGGAUCUUACAGCGCUUUUGGGAGGACUGGUCCUUCUGGUAACACCUGGUUAACCGCAUUUGUGAUGAAGUCUUUCAGUGGGGCAAAGAAGUAUAUAUUUAUAGAUCAGGCCAACAUCGACCAGGCAAAGGAUUGGCUCGGUCUCCAACAGCAGAGCAACGGCUGCUUCGCCUCUGUGGGGAAACUCUUCAACAACAUGUUGAAGGGUGGUGUCAACGACGAAGUCACUCUCUCUGCGUACAUCACUGCAGCGCUGCUGGAGUUAGGCAUUCAGGCAACUGAUCCCAUGGUGGCCAAAAGCCUUGCGUGUCUGAAAGAAUCUUCCCGUAACAUCGACAACACUUAUGUGACCGCCUUGCUGUCCUACACAUUCACUCUUGCUGGAGAUGAACAGAUGAGACAGAACCUCCUCUCCAAUCUGGACAAGCAAGCCAAGAGAGAAGGUGUUGGACGAUAUUGGACUCUGGCUGAUAAUGCACAACCGAUGGGGUCUGUGGAGGUAGAGAUGAGUGCCUAUGUGUUGCUGGCGCUGCUCUCUGGACCCUCACUGCCUGGAUUUGGACUGAACUACGCUGCUGGCAUCGUGCACUGGCUAAGCAAGCAGCAGAAUGCGUAUGGAGGCUUCUCCUCUACACAGGAUACUGUCGUAGCACUCCAGGCCCUUGCUAAGUACAGUGCUGCCACCUACAAUGCAGAAGGAUUCAUUAGCGUAACCGUGACCUCCCCCUCAGGCCAGAGGUACCAGUUCACCGUGAACCGGAACAACCGGCUGCUUUACCAGGAGAAACAGCUGCAGGAAGCUACUGGCACAUACAAGCUCAGGGCAGAAGGCAAAGGCUGUGUGUUUGUGCAGUUUGCCUUGCACUACAAUAUCCCACCCCUUCCAGACUAUUUGGCCUUCAAAAUCAAAGCAAAUACUGGGGUUUGCAGCAAUACAGAGAACCCAGCUUUUACAUUAACCACCACUGUAAGGUAUAGCGGCACACGAGAGGAGACCAACAUGGUGAUCAUUAACAUCAGGCUCCUGUCUGGGUUUAAGCCGGAUGAGACGUCUCUGCAGGCUCUGAGGGAAGUCCCCACCAUCAAACGUGUGGAUCUGGACGAGGAUCGUGUCUUUUUCUAUUUGGAUAGUUUGAAAAAGAAUGAGGAGAAGUCCAUCAGCCUGAAGCUUGUGCAGGAAGUACCGGUGCAGAACUUGAAACCAGCUGUAGUGAUCGUCUAUGACUACUACAAGAUCAGUGAAUUGUCUAUGAUUGACUACACGUCCCCAUGUGUAUAAAAACCACUGGGAUGAUCAGAAGUGUUAAUUGGCUGAAGAACUGUAAAGUGGAAUAUAUGGCGAGACGGAUUCAAUACCGACACUUU